UCUAUAUUGAUCAUUGUCUACGGAUUACUUUUGGCUACUUUAUAUUGUUGAUAUUCCACCAACAGCAACAGCGUCAACAUCAUCAUCAUCAUUAAUACGAAGAAUAAUAACAACAUUCGCAUUCAUUGAUUUCUAGUUCAAAUAAAUUUCUUCUUGUUAUCUGAAUCAUUUUUCCACGUUCAAUAUUCAAUAUUCAAUUGUCAAUAACCAGAAAUUGAAAACAAAUGGCUACUGAAAGUCUUCAAGCUCGAUUGACCGAUUUCGAACGUCAAGCUCGUGGUGUAUGCAUUGGUGUAAAUCAUUUGGCACUUGAUAGUGAACGUGUUAGACAAGCUGAAUUAUUACAAAAAAUUAUACAAUUAGAAAAAGAUAUUCAAUUAUCUAGUGCACAAAAAUCACAUCUACCUGAUGCAGCAGCUGAAAUUCGUGAUGAUGUAAAAAAUAAUACAGCAGCAUUACGUUAUUUGGAAACAAUUUCUCAAUUGGAAAAUUCAUUUACAGUUCUAACAGAAAAUGUCACUGAAACAUCAGUACAAUUAAGUUCACCGAAAGAAUUAAAAGAUGAAGUUCAUGUGAAAAAAGAAUUAUCUAGUAAUGUGAAAAGUUGUUGGACAUAUGUUUCACAAUUGGCUCGAUUAAGUCAAGUACACAUUAAAAAUGCUGCUGAAUAUCAUCAGGUAAGAAAAUAG